GGGGGAGGCAUCCCAGGAGGUAGAGGGCUGAGUUUGGCCUCGCCCAGAUUUGCCACCAACUCUCGCGAUGUUAUUAUAAUAAACCUCGGGAUUUGGUGCCAAAGCAGAUCAUUUAAGAAUAUGUUGAAGAGCACAGGUCCCAGGACAGAUCUGUGGGGGACCCUGCUAUUUACCUCGCUCCAUUGUGAAAAAGGACCGUUCUGUCCUGGAGUUUUAAAGGUCCAGAUUCUCAAAGAAAGAGGUUCAAAAAUUCAACCUGUGGCAGACACCCAGAAGCAAAAUUUCAACUCAAACAGUUAAAGUUUGGCAAAGGAGCUGCGGCCCUGUCUUGGACCUGGCUCCCAGGGUGACAUGGACAAUGGUAAAGGGGGCACAACCCUGAAACGUUUGGGGACCACUGCUAUAAGGUGGUGAACAGUAAAAGCUGAGAUGAAACCUCACCGAGGUGUUGGGCUUUUUAGAAGUCUGCUUGCUAGUUGUUUCCAUCGCUAUCACCAUCACUGCUCUCCUCUUGUUAAAAGGAUAGGUCACAUGAUGGAACUAUCUAUCUUUAGACGCAAUUAUUUACUGAAUAUAGUUAAACCUACGCUGUCAUUUAAUGAUUGGUCAAGGAGAUAUCAUCAGGAUUUUAGAGCACUGUGGAAGCAUGAAGCUGUGGAAAAAUAUCUAGAGACCUUAAACAGAGAAUACCAGCGGGUUGGCCAGUUGUUAAAUAGUGGCUCAGUGAAUGAGUAUGAUCGAAGUACUCUGAGCAGAAGACAUACUCAUUUAUCCACCCUUGUAGCUGCAUUUCAAGAAAUACAAGAGGCAGAAAGAGAAAUUCAAGAGAUAGAAUCCAUGUGUACAAAGCUAGACAGCACAGAUGAAAAACAGCUGCUAGAACUUGCCUUAGAAGAGAAGGAAAUCAUUAACCAAAAAAUCAACACAUUUUGCAAAAAGCUUUUCCAGAGUAUAGUGCCAAGGGAGAAACAUGAUGAAAGUGAUGUUAUAUUAGAAGUGACAUCAGGCAGAACCACUGGAGGUGACAUUUGCCAACAGUUCACCAAAGAAAUGUUUGAGAUGUACCAGAAUUAUGCAGAUUAUAAAUGUUGGACUUUUGACAUUCUGAACUACACACCAGCUGAGAUUGGCGGAUUGCACCAUGCAGCUGCUCAUAUUUCGGGAGACUGUGUCUACAGGUAUUUGAAAUAUGAAGGAGGGACUCACAGAGUUCAGCGAAUUCCUGAGACUGGCCUAUCGUCAAGAAUGCAGCGUAUUCACACUGGGACAAUGUCAGUUGUUGUCCUACCUCAGCCAGAGGAGGUAGACGUUAAAGUGUAUCCUAAGGAUUUGCGUAUAGAUACUUUUAGGGCCAAAGGUGCAGGAGGGCAACAUGUUAACACAACGGACAGUGCUGUGAGAAUAGUUCAUAUUCCCACUGGACUAACAGUAGAGUGCCAGCAGGAGCGAUCACAGCAACUGAACAAAGAAAUAGCUCUGCGGACACUGAGAACUAGGUUGUAUCAACAAAUCAUUGAGAAAGACUUCAGCCAAAAGCAGAAUGCUAGAAAACUGCAGAUAGGAACAAGAGCCCAGUCAGAGAGAAUUCGUACCUAUAACUUCACCCAGGACAGAGUCACUGAUCACAGGAUCUCAUAUGACGUCCGCAAUAUCAAGGAAUUUCUCUGUGGUGAGGGGGCACUGGAUGAGCUAAUCAACAGGUUGUUGGAGUCUGCAGAGAUGGAGGCCCUCAUUGAACAUUUAAAAAACUUUAAAUCUUUAGAAGGAGGAGGCUGAUGUAGGUCUUCUACUAAAUACAACACCAGUCCUUGUAAUUCUGUAGCACAAUAAAAUGGAAGUAUUUAUUAGAUGUCA